CCGGCAGUGACGUGUCGCGUCGCGUAGCCGCGGGAUUCAAACUCCCGGAAGCGGUGUCCAGACUGGAGAGUUGCAGGGGGUCUGACGCAGCGACGCGAGCGCUGUGUUUGGUCUCAGAUCAUUUCAAAGAUGUCUUCCAGAAGUCCCAAGGAUUUAAUUAAAAGCAAGUGGGGAUCAAGGCCUAGCAGCUCCAAAUCGGACACUGCAUUAGAGAAAUUUAAGGGAGAAAUUGCAGCCUUUAAAACAUCCCUGGAUGAAAUCACAAGUGGGAAAGGAAAAGUGACUGAUAAGGACAGAUGCAGACUUUUGGAGAAAAUUCAAGUUCUUGAAGCUGAGAGAGAGAAGAAUGUUUAUUACCUCACAGAGAAGGACAAAGAAAUACAGAGACUCAAAGACCAGCUAAAGGCAAAAUAUAGUUCCUCCUCAUUGCUCGAGCAGCUGGAAGAGAAGACAAAGGAGUGUGGGAAGAAGCAGCAACUGUUAGAGUCCUUAUCCAAGGAGACAGAUGUCCUGAAGAAGCAGUUGUCCGCCACGACGAAGAGACUUUCUGAACUGGAAAGCAAAGCCUGUACACUCCAUCUGUCACAGAGCAUGCCUGCAAACUGCUUCAACUCAUCAAUGAGUAGUAUUCACGAAAAGGAAAUGCAGCUGAAAGAUGCUCUGGAGAAAAAUCAGCAGUGGCUUGUGUAUGACCAGCAGCGAGAGGCCUACGUUAAAGGACUUUUAGCAAAGAUCUUUGAGCUGGAGAAGAGAAUAGAAACAGCCGCUACUUCACUCCCACAGCAUAUGAAAAAGACUGAAUCAGAAGGUUAUCAUAGAGAGGAGAAACAAAAAUAUGAUCAUCUAUUGGAAAGUGCCAAAAAAGAUCUUGAAGUCGAACGACAAACCAUAACUCAGUUGCGUUCAGAACUUGAUGAAUUUAGAAGAAAAUAUGAAGAAACUCAAAAAGAGGUUGACGAUUUAAAUCAGCUAUUGAGUUCGCAACGAAAGGCAGACAUACAACACCUGGAAGAGGAUAGACAUAAGACAGAGAAGAUCCAGAAACUCAGGGAAGAGAGCAGUAUCUUCAAGGGGAAACUGGAAGAGGAGAGGAAAAAGUCUGAAGAGCUCUUAUCUCAGGUCCGCAUUCUCUACGAGUCUCUGUUAAAGCACCAAGAGGAACAGACCAGGGUAGCUCUGCUGGAGCAGCAGAUGCAGGCAUGUACUCUAGACUUUGAAAAUGAAAAACUUGACCGCCAGAAUAUGCAGCACCAACUAUAUGUGAUUCUUAAGGAACUCCGAAAAGCAAGAAGUCAAAUAACACAGUUGGAAUCCUUGAAGCAGCUUCAUGGCUUUGCCUUCACAGAGCAGUCAUUCCCACUCCAGAGAGAGCCUGAAAACAGAAUGAAAGGUACCUCACCCAGAAGUCCCACUGCUGCACUCAACGAAAGCCUGGUGGAAUGUCCCAAGUGCAGUGUACAGUACCCAGCCAACGAACAUCGAGACCUGCUUGUCCAUGUUGAAUACUGCACGAAGUAGCAGGACCGUACUUGCCUUUGCACUGAAAAAGUCCGCACUGUAUCCUGUUUGUUUAUGGGCACUUUGAAUCACAGAUUACAUCUCUUGCACAAGAA